AUGGCACUCAUCUCUAGUAACUGUCCUGACCUUAAGCUUAUUGCUCGUGGAAAGGUCCGUGAUCUUUAUGAAGUAGACGAGCACUCGCUGCUCUUUGUCGCCACUGACCGUAUUAGUGCCUUUGAUGUCAUUAUGAAAAACGCUAUUCCAGGAAAGGGUAAGAUCUUGACCCAGAUCUCUUUGUUCUGGUUUGACCUUCUGAAGGAUGUCCUUCCCAACCAUUUGAUCACUGCCGACUUUGACAAGAUGCCAGCACAUAUCCAAAAGUACCGUGACCAGCUUGACGGCCGCUCGCUUCUUGUCAAGAAGAUACGCGUCUUGCCAAUCGAAGCCAUUGUCCGUGGUUAUAUUACCGGCUCUGGCUGGUCCGAGUACAAGCGCAAGGGUACUAUUUGCGACAUUGAACUUCCAAAGGGAUUGGUCGAGAGCCAGAAGCUACCCGAGACACUCUUUACUCCAAGCACAAAGGCUGAUAUUGGUGAUCACGAUGAAAAUAUUCAUCCUUCAAAGAUGGUUGAUAUUCUUGGUGACAAGGCUCUUGCUGAUAAACUCACCGAGUCAGCAAUUGCCUUGUACACGAAGGCGAGCGAAUAUGCCGCAAGCAAGGGAAUCAUUAUUGCCGAUACAAAAUUCGAGUUUGGUUUGGAUGAGAACAAUUCCUUGGUUUUGGUAGAUGAAAUCUUAACUCCCGAUUCUUCUCGUUUCUGGCCUGCAGCUACUUAUAAAGCCGGAGGUGCUCAGGAUAGCUUUGAUAAGCAGUAUUUGCGCAAUUACCUAGAGUCAAUCAAAUUUGACAAGGAAACUAGCAUUGAAUUGCCUACCGAUGUGAUCGAGAACACCUUGGCCAAGUACAAGGAAGCCUGCAAGCUCUUGACUGGCGAAGAUGUAAAGUUAUAAACUUUAAAGCACAAUCACAUACAUAUAUAUUUAUGAGAAAAAUAAGAUGAAAAAAAAAGAGUAGUAUUAAGUACCUUGACACUGACACUGACCAAAAAGUCAAGUUGUAAAUAACAAACAAUAAAAUAAAAGUAAAAUAU